UUGUUAUUUUAAUCUGUGUGGUUUUUGUACGAGAGUAAUUUACAAUAUACAUAUACCUAUAUUAAUAUUUUCCGACAGAAAGGAAAUCCUGGAAGGAGGUAAACAUAAAGCGGUGUGAAUAAAAGUAAAUAGAAAAUAUGAACAAGGAAGAAGUAAAUACAUCGGAAAGCGAAAACGACGAAGAUUAUUGCAUUGAGGGUGAAAAUAUUGACUCGGGCAGCGACGACGACAGCGGCAAUAAUGACUCUGAGUCCCCAGACUACGAUUCUGACGAUAAACCUUCCAAGUCCACCAAGAAUAAGAAAAAACAUAUAUCCUCUAAUGUCUAUGAAUCUGAAAGUUCCGUACCUCGUAAGACAAGACAAGCAGACCGAAACAAAAAUGAUCGCAUAAACAUGGAAAAAGAAGAGCUGGAAUCAGAUGAGGAAACAGAUAAAUCGCGUUCCAACGCGCUCUGGGCCGAAUUUCUAAGCGACGUUGGGAGUGAGAAACAAAUUCAACAUAAGCCGAAAUCAGUGGCGACUCCAGGAGAACCCACCGACGACACUAAUAUCGCUUCAAACAAACUUACCCCAGCAGUUAAGCGUCGAGAAGGGGAUUCUGAAUGUUUAAGUGCGAUUUUGCAUGUAGAAGAAAGUACGGGCUCCACCAAUGCAAAGGAAAACCACCAGCAACCUACAGCUACUAGUUCAAAAUACUUCUCUCGUGAAUCCAAAAGACCGCUUAAUGGCGGUGGAGUUGGCUCUCUUCUUAAUCAACUGGGCAAAAAAAAGAAACUGUCUGUGCUGGAAAAGUCACAAAUGGAUUGGAAAAUUUUUAAAACAAACGAAGGUAUCAAUGAGGAGCUGCGCACGCACAAUAAAGGCAAGGAUGGCUAUUUAGAACGGCAGGACUUUUUACAACGAACCGACUUGCGACAGUUUGAAAUUGAGAAAAACUUACGUCAAACGCGCCGUCAAAACUAAGGCAACCAUUCCUGUAACGGCCGUUGUUAAUACUCAUUCCUUUUUAUGGAAAUUCAAAAUAUAAAUCCAUACAGCGAUUCCAUUCAAUUUUAUUGGAAAGAGCUCUGCUUCAAUCCAAAUUGAAUGUUUAAGCCAAUAAAUACGAAUAUUGCUAUAUAUAA